AUGCCAUUAAGAAAGUUGUUAGACCAGAAGGUGUUGUGGAUGUGGGACAAUGAGCAAGAGAAAGCAUGGAAAGAAUUGAAGGAACUUGUUUCAAGCGAACCUGUGUUAAAGUUCUACGAUCCAAACAAGCCCAUAAAGAUUUCAACCGAUGCAAGUAGGAGUGGCUUAGGAGCAGUACUGCAGCAGCUACAUGGUGAAAAUUGGCUUCCAGUAGCAUAUGCUUCGAGGUCAGUUACAGAUUGUGAGAGCAGAUAUGCAACAAUUGAACUUGAGACACUAGGCAUGACAUUUUCUUGUGAAAGAUUCCACCAGUACAUAUACGGUCAAGAAUUCGAAAUAGAGACAGACCACAAACCAUUAGUGUCAAUUUUCAAAAAAUCACUAAUUGAUAGCCCGCCACGAAUACAGCGGUUGAGAUUACGAUUACAGAAAUAUGAUUUCAAACUCUCGUACGUUCCUGGUAAGUGGAUGCAUACACCAGAUGCAUUAUCCAGAGCACCCCUGAAGCUGGCAAGUAAGUCAGACCACCAUAUUGAAGCUCAUGUUGAUGGAAUCAUAGCAGUGCUACAAGUCACAGAUGAGAAACUAAAAGAGAUUAAAGAGGAAACCUAA